CUGAGACUUUUGUGCUGGCGUCCUAGUUUUACGACAACAAGGAUGGCGGCUGCUAGUGGUAGAUUUGAAAGUGCAAGGAGUAUCGAAGAACGUAAAGAACAGACCAGGAUUGCUAGGGCCGAAGUGUUGCGCCAGGCUAAAGCCAAUUUUGAAAAGGAAGAAAGGCGUAAAGAACUUAAACGACUUCGGGGUGAGGAUACAUGGAUGCUACCUGAUGUGAAUGAGCGAAUUGAACAGUUCUCCCAGGAACACUCUGUUAAGAAAAAGAAGAAAAAAGACAAACACUCAAUAAAAGUAAAGAAAGAGAAGAAAAAAAAGAGUAAGAAACAGAAGUAUGAAAAAAGCAAUGAGUCAACAGAUAGUUCAUCAAGCUCUGAAGAUGAGUGGGUUGAGGCUGUCCCAUCCCAGACUUCUGGCGGAGAAAAGGCCUGGAAAGUGAAAGGGGAGAAUUCAGAAAGAGAAGACAACCCAUCUAUCCAGAGAGAUGAGUGGAUGACAGUUGAUUUUAUGUCUGUUAAAACUGUGUGCUCAUCGUCACUCAGAGCUGACAAGGAGGCUAUGAGGAAAAUAGAGAGAGAGAAAACCCAAGCCCUGGAACAGUCCAAACUGCUGGAGAGAGAAUUGAAUCCAUACUGGAAAGAUGGCGGGACAGGUCUUCCCCCAGAAGACUGUAAGAUGUCAUCAAUUACCAAAGUUUCAGUAGUAGAAGAUGGUGGACUAAGCUGGCUCAGGAAGUCUUACCAAAGAAUGAAGGAACAAGCUGAGAAGCAGAAUAGAAAUUUUGAAGAUGUUGUGGCUGAAAGAUACGGGUCAAUGGAAAUAUUCCAGUCGAAAUUAGAAGAAGCUGAAAAAACUGCAUCCACAAAAGAAGAUUGUAAACGAGAACGGUGGAGGAAACCAACAUACUCAGAUAAAGCACAAAGUAGUCAAGAAACUAGAAAAUCAGACUUGGUAAAAUAUAAUAAAAAUUUAAGGGAUAGAUAUAGUUCAACAGAUAUUGCAAACGACACCAAUAAAGGUAAGUCUAGUGGUGGUGAAAAAGAUAAUAGGUUUGAAACCUGUAGAAGACAAUCCAAACCAAGGCAAAAUCAAGAGUUUUCUUCUCUGAAGAAACCUAAAUUUUUAAGACCCUCUGAUGAUGAACUCUCAUUUCAUAGCAAGAAUAGAAAUUUUGAACCUUCUAGUUCCUCUUCAGCACUGGUUGCUCAGGAUUCUGUGCGUCGUGGUUUUCAAAAACCCACGGACAUCAGUGAAGAAAGUUCUUUAUCAUGGAGCCGGUCGGACGGAAGAGCAGGAGACAGGAAAUGUUCAUAUGCAAGACCAUUAGAAACUAGGGGCGAUGUGGACUGUGGGCACAUUUCAGAAGACAUGAAAGAAAAAUCACCAGAUGAAAGCCUGAGAGAUGACUCUGUGAAGAAAGAGCAUCUGCGGGACACGAAGUCACCAUUUGCCAGAGGUGCUUCUGAGGAUGAUUCUGUAUACAUCUUGAGUGUUGAUGAGAAGAAUAAAUUGGGAGCCAGGAUUAUCAAGGCUGAGAUGAUGGGAAAUAUGGAAUUAGCAGAACAACUUAAAGCUCAGCUUGAAAAGGCAAAUAAAUUCAAAGAAACUGUAACAGAGAGAUCAUCAAAAGGAUCUGCGGUGGAGAAGGAAGACCAAGAAGUGAUCCUGGUCAAAACAGAUCAGUCUGGGCGAGUGUGGCCUGUGCACACACCAGGAAAACCUCUGGACUCUAAAGCAGGAAGAAGGAAGAGACAGAUGGCUUCAACUCAUGAAGAAAAAGAAAGGGUUAGAUACUUUCAUGAUGAUGAUAAUCUCAGCCUAAAUGAUUUGGUCAAGAAUGAAAAGAUGGGAACAGCAGAAAAUCAAAACAAGCUUUUUAUGAAGAUAGCAUCUAAGUUUAUGGGAAAAACAGAUGGAGACUAUUACACUCUAGAUGACAUGUUUGUCUCCAAAGCAGCUGAGAGAGAACAUUCUGGUGAAGAGGAAGAGAACCAGAGGAGGAAAGCAAUUGCCGAGCACCAGCAUCUUGCUGCACAAAUGGAAAAAUGUCUGUAUUGUUUUGACAGCUCUCAGUUUCCCAAGCACCUUAUUGUGGCCAUAGGUGUUAAGGUGUAUUUGUGUUUGCCCAGCUUCCAGUCUCUCACCGAGGGCCACUGCCUCGUCGUCCCUCUGCAGCAUCACAGAGCAGCUACCUUAUUGGAUGAAGACAUCUGGGAGGAAAUUCAGAUGUUCAGAAAAUCAUUGGUAAAGAUGUUUGAAGAUAAAGGACUGGACUGCAUCUUUUUGGAAACAUACAUGGGCAUGAAGAAGCAUGGUCAUAUGGUUUAUGAGUGCAUUCCUCUUCCGAAGGAAGUGGGCGAGAUGGCUCCCAUCUAUUUUAAGAAAGCCAUAAUGGAGUCUGACGAAGAAUGGUCUAUGAAUAAGAAACUGAUCGAUCUCUCUUCAAAAGACAUCAGAAAGUCUGUGCCCAGAGGCUUACCUUACUUCGCUGUGGAUUUUGGCCUCCAAGGAGGGUUUGCCCAUGUCAUUGAAGAUCAGCACAAAUUCCCUCAUUACUUCGGAAAGGUGCCCAGGCUGGUGUGCAAAGGUCGCUCUAGACUGCCGGUACUUGUUGUCAUGGCACCGUGCCCUGCGGGGUGCAGCCCGUACGUUCAGGGCCUGCUGAGUAUCUGGGAAGUGUGUAAGUUUGUAUCAGGGACUGGAAUGAAGAUCAUGUGACCGCUGGAGGAGUAAUACAGUCUGAGCAAAUCAUAGUUCCAGAAGUGCCUUUUUAAUCAAGUGUAGCUCAGGCCUUUCUGCUCAUGUUUUCCAGAAAUUAUUGUCUCCACUGGUCCCUUUGUUUGUUUGCCAGUGAAGAAGGUUUCCUUUUCCAUGAAGCUUUUUCUGAAUUACCCAAAAAUAGACUCCUCUGUUUUUGAGUCUCCAUAUAGUCUGCUUUGGUGUUUACCUCAUCUGCUUUCUAAGAUGGCUCUGUGCGUAGUUUGGCUUUUCUUCCUCAGCCCCACGUUCUGGGCUCAGUUCUCGGAAGGCACCUAGCUGUAUGCCAGUUCUCAUGGUAUUCCCCUGCGGUACUUGGUACUCGCUUGAACACGGUAGGUCCUCCUGGUAAACAGUAAAGAUGUUGUCCAAGAUCUCACCACACAGCCGUGUAGGAGACUGAACGUGCAGAAUUUAACUGAGUCCAGCAUUUUCCUGUGUCGCCCUCUACGCGUUACGUGUCUCCCCCACUCCCUUGUGUGCAUGGAUACUUGCAAGCCUAAGUCGCGUUUAUUUCUGUAGCUAACAGCACAGGAGGAGAAUCAUGAGGAAAUCAUGCAUGAUAAUAAGCAGACUAAUGAAAAUCCAUUUCUUACAGGGCCUUGGAAUGUGACUUUUAAAUGAAGGUGAUUUAUAAUUUUUCAUUCUUAGUUUAUUUAGAUUAGUAUUAAAGUAUGAUUUUGUUUCCUGAUAAAAAAUCUCCAGCUAAUAGUGGAAGAGGGCACCUGGGUGGCUCAGUUGGUUAAGCAACUGACUUCAGCUCAGGUCAUGAUCCCGGAGUUAGGGGAUCGAGCCCCACAUCGGGCUCCCAACUCCAUGGGGAGUCUGCUCCUCCCUCUGACCUUCUCCCCUCUCAUGGUCAUUCUCCCUCUCAAAAAAAUAAAUAAAAUCUUUUAAAAAAUAGUGGAAGAAGCUUGCUUAUAAAUAUACAGGGUGGCAGAGAGAACAUGAGCCUGAACUUGGUCUGCGGUCCAAUAGCACAGUUCAUAGUUGCUGCGUGUUGGUUACCUUCUUCCCACACCUUUCCCAGAAGAGCUCAGAAGGACCAAAAUAAGCAGAUUCCACCCUCUCUUUCUGCCCUGCGCUCCUCUCUGGCGGAUGUACUAACAGGCAACAAAAUGGACACAUUACGUGACAGGAGACACAGCUAGCACUCCUAGAAUUAGAUGGUUUGCAUCGUUAGAACUAAUUGAAAAUGAGGAUUUUUUUCCUCCCAAGUUUUUAUUUAAAUUCCAACUAAUUAACAUACAGUGCAAAAGUAGUUUCAGCUGUAGAAUUCAGUGACUCAGCACCUGCAUAUGACACCCGCUGCUCAGCACCACAGGUGCGCUCCUUCAUCCCCAUCACCUGUGUCCCCCACCUCCCUGCCACCUCCCCAUCAGCUGGUUCUUUCUAGUUAAGAGUCUGUUUCUUGGUUUACUUCUCUGUUUUUCCCCCCGUGUUCAUUUGUGUCUUUAAUUCCACAUCUGAGUGAAAUGGUACGGUAUUUGUCUCUCUCUGACUGACUUAUUUCCCUAAGCAUUAUACUCUCUGGUUCUAUCCAUGUUGUUGCGAGUGGCAAGAUUUCAUUCUUUUUAUGGCUGAGUAAUAUUCCACUGUGUGUGUGUGUGUGUGUGUGUGUGUGUGUGUGUGUGUAGACCGCAUCUUUUUUACCCAUUCCUCAGUCGGUGGACGCUUGGGCUGCUGUUGCGAGUGACAAGAUUUCAUUCUUUUUAUGGCUGAGUAAUAUUCCACUGUGUGUGUGUGUGUGUGUGUGUGUGUGUGUGUGUGUGUGUGUAGACCGCAUCUUUUUUACCCAUUCCUUAGUCCGUGGACGCUUGGGCUGCUGUGAACAUCAGGGCACAUGUGCCCCUUCGAAUGUGUAAUUUUGUAUCUUUUGGGUAAAUACCUAGUAAUGCUAUUGCUGGUUUGUAGGGUAUUUCUAUUUUUAGCUUUUUGAGGAACCUCCAUACUGGAAAAUAAGAUUUUUUUUUUACCUGAAACUAAUAUUUAUGUAAAAUUUGAACAUCCUCACAGAGAACUACUGUUUAGUAGCAGAAUAAACAGAAAUAGUUUCCUUCUGUUUUCA